AUGUCAGCCCAGCAAGUGCGAAGAUGUAUAUGUGAUGUUUUGAAUAUUGAUCCAGAUGACGCAGGUAAUGAUUGGGCGAAAGGGCGGCUGAAAAAGCUGCAAAAUACGACGUACACGCUGUAUAACGUUUCACUCAACAAGCUGAUGCUAAAACCGCACGAAGAGGCAGCCAGAACGCAUUUGUGCGCGUUCCUCGCAGCAGAAAAGCUGUCCGAGAAAUAUGAACCCGAUUUAAGGUUUGGAUCCGACAAAAUCCCGUUGGAACCGAGACAGGUCACGAAAAUGCUGGAUAUCAUGCGAAACACAAUUCUGACUUCGUCGCCUGUUAAAAGCCUGAGCUGGUCACCCAGUCCGAAGAAAGCUAGACGCAGUCCAGUGAAAAACGGUGGUCGCUUCACUGCCAUUGACCCAGCUGAAAUGCGCAAGCAAUUGUUCGGAACGCCCACUGGACAGAGAAAGGGAGCCACCCCACAAUCUGACACUCCCUCGAGCGAUUUCUUACGAGGUAAGGAUGGCACCACGUUGAAGGACACGACCGAGGGUCCCGAACGAACGCCACGAAGAAAACUGGUUUUCGAAAUGGACGAAGCUGACGACCAGCGCGACGUAGCAGUCGCAACGAAGGGUUCUACGUAUGUCUCCGAUCAGGACUCAGAAGAGGAAGAGGAAGAGGACGAGCAUGAGGAGGAGGGUGAAGAGGAGGGUCCACAAAGCCCUUCGAAACGGCCCAGUCCGCGGAAAUUGAAUUCUUCGCCCAAAAAACGCUUCAAGGCAUCGGACUUCGAUUCGUCUUCUGCAGCGGGUGUUACUGACCAACGUCGCUGUUUGUUAUACAAAAAAUACUACAAGGUGACGCCUGCAGAGGUCAUCGAGCUCUGCAAUCAUUUCGAGAUACCCCGCGACCUAGCGUACCGCAUUUUGGAUCAGUUUUUCGAGCAUGCCACAUACCUGGUAUUCCCAUUCCAACUGGUCUGUGGACUCAUUCUCAAUUGCUGUCAGGUUAUUUUUAAUGACCAGCGACGCAAGGACCCCAGGGUUUCGGAAUAUCUGUACCAGAAGAUGUGUCUUUUGAUGAAAACGCCCGAUAUAGCGGAAAUCAAAGAAUGCAUGCGUAUUGUACGAGAACUUAUUGAGGGUGAACAAUGGUUCCGAGCACUGAAGGUAAAAUAUAACUACUACGAUGGUGUGGCUUACGAAGAAGCUAUUGCAAUAAGACUAGGAAAUAUGCUACAAAGACCUACAAAUAUUGCGUCCGAUGAGCAAUUCGAGAUCUGGAAACAUCGUCUUGUCACAGAUUUAUCGCUGAGAGAUGGGACUUGA